AGAAGGGGAACAAUGGCUAAAAAUGAGACGUGUACUAAGACAAAAAAUGGUAAAGCCCAGUGAUGUUGCAAUUUUCUCCAGAGGAAUUAAUGAAGUUAUUUCAGAUUUAAUUAAGAGAAUCCAUAUUCUUAGAAAUGAAGAAGAAGAUGGGGAAACUGUGACAGACGUUAACAGUCUUUUUUUUAAAUAUUCAAUGGAAGGAGUUGCAACUGUUUUGUAUGAGUGUCGAUUGGGGUGCCUAGAAAAUCACAUUCCCAAAAGUACACUGGAAUAUAUUGAAGCAUUGGAGUUGAUGUUUAGCAGUUUCAAAUCUACUAUGUAUGCAGGAGCUAUUCCCAAGUGGCUUCGUCCAAUUAUUCCAAAGCCUUGGAGAGAAUUCUGUAAAUCGUGGGAUGGACUCUUUAAAUUUAGUCAAAUCCAUGUUGACAAUAAAAUAAAUGAAAUAAAGUCCCUUUUAGAUCAAGGAAAAGAGAUAGAAGGUGGAUUACUUACAACUCUGCUUAGGAGAAAAGAACUUACAAUAGAAGAAAUUUAUGCCAAUAUGACUGAAAUGCUUUUGGCAGGUGUUGACACAACUUCAUUCACUUUAUCCUGGGCAACAUAUCUUUUAGCAAAGCAUCCAGAAGUGCAGGAUUCUAUCUAUAAAGAGAUAGUUCAUAAUUUGGGAAAAGAUAAAGUUCCUGAUGCACACCAUAUUCCCAACUUGCCAAUGAUUAGAGCUCUUCUCAAAGAAACCUUAAGAUUAUUUCCAGUUUUACCAGGAAAUGGAAGAGUUACGCAGAAAGAUAUGAUUGUUGGAGGCUACUUGAUACCUAAAGGGACACAAUUGGCACUCUGUCAUUAUGCUACUUCAUAUCAGGAAGAUAAUUUUGCCUCAGCAAAGGAGUUCCAACCUGAACGCUGGCUAAGGAAAACCAAUAUGGAUAGGGUAGAUAAUUUUGGAUCCAUCCCUUUUGGUUAUGGCAUUCGAAGUUGCAUAGGCAAGCGAAUUGCUGAAUUGGAAAUUCAUCUUGCACUAAUACAGCUACUUCAGCACUUUGAAAUAAAAAGAUCUCCAAAAACUAAAUCAAUUUUUGCCAAAACUCAUGGAUUAUUGACGCCUGCAGAUUCCAUCAAUGUGAAAUUUGCUGACAGGAAAUGAAAGCAGUAAUGUUAAGAAGAUCUCCAGUUUUAGCUUUGAUGAAAGGUUCUCUUAGCCAUUAUGGGAUUUUCCUUCUAAACUUUAGAUGCUUUCACAGAAGCAUAGCUGUUUCCUGAAAAGUAUUAUACAUAACACAAAAUGUUAUGUAAGUAUCAAAAUAAUCCUUUUAUAUGCUCAGAAUUUUGUUUAUCUCUGAGAGAUACAGUAAAGGCAACUAAUGUAUCAAUUCACCAUACUGCAUUUGGGCUGUGCAUGCUUCAAAAAUUAUUUGGAAGAAGUAUCUUGGACCUCCCAUGAGUACCUCUUCGUUAUUCAUUAAAGCUUGAAAAAGGAGGGUCUGCUUUAAUGAACAGAAGAGGGAUGUUGUUAAACUCACACCAAUUAUUCCUGAACUGUUUUGUAGAGCUCAUACAUAGCCUUGUUAGAAUCCUUAAGCACAAUGUUCAUGGUAUUGCUUUCCUAGGAAACUCUUUACAAGAAUUAACACAUUUAUUUUAGUAGCCCCAAAUAUAUUCAAGUUAGUUACCCAUCACUAAAUCCUUCUCCUCAGUUUAAAAAUCCCCCUGUUAAAAUAAGAGUUAAUGGUUUAUCUAUAUAUGGUUAAAUGGUAACCAAUUUACAUUUUAAAAUAGUUUCAGUUAUUACAUACCUCAUGUAAAAUCUCUGAAACAAGAACAUUCCUUUAUCUGAUGGAACAUAUAGUAUUUACCAUUUUUGUGUCUUCAAUGUAAUCUCAAAAAUUUCUGUCUUGACUAUGCUUUCUUUCCAAAUAUAAAGACAUUUUAGAGAAAAUUCUGAAAUCUAAGCUUGUGCCUAUUCAGAGGUGUGAUCUUUAUUCCCUGUAAAGUUUUGGAAAUGACAUAUACAAUUUUGUAGAAUUAAAUCAGU